CAAGAACAUCAUAGAUCAAGAGAUUUAAGGUUUCAAUAAUGGCAAGUGAUGAGUUUAGGUUAGUGUCAUCUGCAAUGGAUCAUGAAGGUAAAUUACCAAGGAAGUAUACAGAAGAAGGUCAAGGAGCAUUAAAGAAAAUAUCACCACCAUUAGAAUGGUAUAAUGUACCAGAAGGUACUAAAAGUUUAGCCCUAGUUGUUCAAGAUCUUGAUGCAAAUGUAAUACCUUGGACUGCUUGGGUUGUUAAUAAUAUACCACCUUCAAUUAAAGGUUUCCCAGAAGGAUUCUCAGGUAAAGCUGAAGAAUUAGGUGGUGAUUAUGGUCAGAUUCAAGAAGGGAAUAACGAUCAUAAGGUUCCUGGUUGGCGUGUGCCUAUGCUGCCAGAACAUGGUCAUAGGUUCGAGUUCAAGCUUUAUGCUUUGGAUGAUUUGAUGCAUCUUGGUCACAAGGUAACGAAAGAGAAGCUGAUUGAAGCAAUUGAAGGGCAUGUGCUUGGUGAAGCUGUUCUGGUCUCCAUUUUUUGA